AUGUCAAAAUCCAACGUAUGCACUCGUCUUCAUGGCCUGUUUUCUUCAACUCGAAACGCAGCAAACUCCAUUAAAUCAAAGACCCCAAAACCCACUGAAUUACCACAUUCUUCCAAAUAUCAAGCCAUUAAUUUGGGUAUUAAAGAUCUCUUAGAUGAGAAAGACCCUACAAAAUUGGUACAAAAGUUCAAUUUUUUGUCUCAAGAAAAAUAUUUCAGGCAAAAGCAUAAAAUUUACGAAAACACAAUUCAUCGUCUUUCUCUUGCAAAACAGAAUACAUUAAUUGAAGAAGCAUUAGAAUCCCAGAAAAUUUACAUUGUUGGAGAACCAUUUGCUGCUCGCCUUAUUUACUUGUAUGGGAAAGCUGGUUUGUUUGAUCAUGCACGCAAGGUUUUCGACGAAUUGCCUCAACGAGGUUGUGUUCAAAAUUUCAAAUCUUUCAAUGCCCUUUUAGGAGCUGCUUCUAAUUCAGGGAAAUAUGAUAAGGUUUACGAGCUCUUUCGUGUGUUGCCCUCUAAGUUGACAAUUAAACCGAGUGUACAUUGUUAUAAUACAGCUGCUCAUGCUCUGUGUAAACUUGGGUUGUUUGAUGAUGCAUUAUCAUUGCUUGAUGAGAUGGAGAAAAAUGGCUUAAACCCGAGUGUUGUGUCGUAUAAUACGCUUCUUAGUGCGUUUUAUGAGAAUAAGGGGUUUGAGGAAGGUGAAAAGAUUUGGAAAAGGAUGAUUGAAAAGGGUGUUGUUCCUGAAGUACUAAGCUAUAACUUCAAGGUGCAAAGACUUGUUAAUGAUGGCAGGGUUUUCGAGGCGAUGGGGUUUGUCACAGAGUUAGAAAGUAAAGGACUGAAACCUGAUGUGGGUACUUACAAUGCUUUGAUUCUAGGAGCAUGUAAGAAUGAUGAUUUGGAUGAAGUUCGACUAUGGUAUUAUGAGCUCUUGAACAGCGGUUGUUCUCCAAACAGGGUUACAUUCAACACCGUUGUUCCUUUUCUAUGCGACAAGGGCGAUUAUGGCUUAGCGUAUCAAGCGUCCAAGAGGAUGUUUAGACAUCAGUGCUCAGUUGAUGAGUCUUUGUUGCAGAAGGUAGUUGAUGGAUUGACAAAGAAGUCGAUGAUGGAGGAAGCGAAGGUCCUUGUCGGACUUGGAAAGUCUAAUACUUAUUUUCCUUAUGAUCUUGUAUUGCCUACAGGUAUUAUGCGCUAUUUCCUUUGA